AUGUCGUCAUCGUGGGUGGUGGAUGUCGACUGCCCUGAGCCGCAGGCGAACAUGGAGGGAUGGGUGAUGGACAUGGAGAAGCAGCUGGAGGACGCGGAGCCGCCGGCAAAGGUGCUGAGAUGGCCGAAGCACGGCAUCUUCCGCGUCCCGCUGCGCUUCAAGAUGAAGACGGUUGAUGGCAUGUAUUUUCUUUACGGGAAAAUGAGCAAGCUGACCCUUGGAGAAGGUGGCCGACGAGCUGGAGGAUGCCUACAUGGACCUGAGCUCAAGUUCCUCGAAAGGGAAGAUGCCCCGGAAGGGACCGGCUUGGGACUCCACCCUCUUGACAUCUAUCGGACGAGCCGACUCAAGGGCACAAGUCAGAUCAAGAGUAACAGAAAGGUUCUUCACAGAGGCAUGCCGACGACACCGACAUCAAAGGACGUCAGCGUCGUUUGCCCGGAGAGUGUGGUGCCCCGAUCCGCCUGGAAGCUGUCGGAGGCAGGAAUCCAGUUCCUGCCUAGCAAGACGAGCUGCCUCGACGACAUAGAGCUCUACAUGCCCAAGGUCGAGAUGGACGACUCCACCACCUACAGGAUCCACAACAUGAUGGCGUUCGAGGCGAUGCACGUCGGCACUGGCAAUGACGUGACGGCAUACGUGUUGUUCGUCAAGGACCUCAUCAACUCUGCCGACGACGUGCAACUACUGGAGAGGAAGGGGAUCCUGGAGCACGACCUCGCUGACGACGACAAUGCUGUGGUGAGGCUCUUCAACAGCCUCACCAGAGACGUCUCCAAGAAUUGGAAGAGUCAGCCGUGCCAGGUGAGUCAGGGCGUGGAUCACCAUUACCGCAACAACCAUUUGCGUGUGUUUCUCUACGGGGCGUGGUCAAACCUGAGGAACAAGUACUUCAAGAGCCUGUGGACACUCCUCGCCCUUGUCACCGCAAUCCUGCUCGUCGUUGGAGAUAUCCUAUGA